AUGGCGCUGAUACCAGGGCUAUCUCGCUAUGUCUGGGCUAGUAUUCUAUGCUCCAUGGGGGGCUUUCUUUUCGGGAUGGACACCGGCAUCAUUGGCUCCGUGGUAGUGAUGGACCAAUUCAAGCAGAAAUUCGGCUCCUUCUCAUCCAUCGUCCAUGGUCUAGUAGUCUCCUCAAUUCUGAUCCCCGCGGCCUUUUCGUCGUUCUUCGGAGGGAAACUAGCCGACUGGAUCGGACGGCCGAAGAGUAUCGCAAUCGGUGCCCUUAUUUUCGGUAUCGGAUGUGCCUUUGAAGCUGGUGCAGUGCAUCUGGCCAUGUUCAUCGUUGGCCGUGUUGUCGAGGGUCUCGGCGAGGGUCUAUACCUGGGGACCCUGGUAGUAUACAUCUGCGAAAUCUCCCCACCAAGCCAACGAGGCCCACUAACCACCGGCCCUCAACUCCUCGUCACAAUGGGCCUCGUAGUAGGCUUCUUCACCUGCUACGGCUGUGAGAAGAUGCCUUCAUCCAUGGCGUGGCGAACACCGUUCACCGUCCUGGCCUGCAUUUCCAUCGUCUUCAGUGUCGCUGCGCUCUUAUGGCUAAUUGAUUCUCCGCGAUGGCUCACGCUCCACAACCGCAUCGAUGACGCCACUCGCGCUUGGGAGUAUCUGCAAGUAAGCGAGGCCGAUCGCGAAGAACUCCUCGAAGAGGAAGAGGAAGUCGACGUGCACGAAGAGGCGUUGACGCAUCCGCUCGCCCCGACGGGGAGUGCCUCGCUUUUCGAUGCAUUCAAGCCCGAUGUGCGUAAUCGGACGCUCCUGGGCUUGUUUCUCAUGGGUAUGCAGCAGAUGGCUGGGAUUGAUGGGGUGUUAUACUACGCCCCCAUGCUCUUCGAGCAAGCCGGCAUGACCUCUUCUCAAGCUAGCUUCCUAGCCUCCGGCGUCUCCGGCCUCGUCAUCUUCGUAGUGACAAUCCCAGGCCUCAUCUACGCUGACUCCUGGAGCCGGCGCGCCAACGUCAUCCUCGGCGGUCUGGGGCUCACCAUCACCAUGUUCGUGAUCGGGUCGUUGUACGCUGCCGAUGCCGUUCACCAUUCCACUGGCGCUGGUCGCUGGGUCGUUAUCGUCGCGAUCUAUCUCUUCGCUGCUAUCUAUAGUGUUUCGUGGGGUGUGAGCUGCAAGGUCUACGCGGCGGAGAUCCAGCCCCAGCGGACGAGAGCGAGCGCGACGUGUCUGGCGCAUGGGAGUAACUGGGUGUCGAAUUUCUUUGUGGCAUUGAUUACUCCCGUAUUGUUGGCGAGGAGUAGUUGCGCUGCGUACUUUUUGUUUGGGGGCUGUACGGCGCUGACGAUUGUCGUUUGUGGGUUUUAUAUGCCCGAGACGAAGGGACGGUCGUUGGAGGAGGUAGAGAGGUGUUUCGUUAGGGGGAAGGAGGAUUCAUAG